CGCAGAACCGGAAGUGCACCACAGUAUCCGGUUAAACAGCAGCAACGAUGGUUUAUGUAUCAAAUGGCCAGGUUCUGGACAGCCGGAGCCGCUCGCCCUGGAGGCUGUCGGCGCUCAGCGACCUCUUCUGGACCGCGGUCGAGUUCGUCGGCUUGUUCUUCCAGACUCUUAUUCAGCCAGAUCUGUCUAAAGAUGGACACACCGGCUCAUCAUCUCGCUUCAGCGACGGCAGAGGUCCUCCCGGGCCGGGCCGCAGACGGAUGGGCAGAAUAAACCACGGCGCCGGUCCCACUCCUCCACCCAUGGGCGGAGGCGGAUGAGGACGGUAAACGCCUGCACGCUGUUGCAGGCGCUGAGGACCGUGACACACUGAUGCUCCUGUAAAGCUCAUGUUUGUCACACACACUCCUCUUCCCUCGGCUGACGCUGCAAACGCAGACUCAUGACGUCACUCCGGGAAUACCUCACCGAGGGGCCGGAGCGGCUGAAGAUGACGGCCGCACACACACACACACACACACACACACACACACACACACUGACUCUCACACACUCU